UGUAUUAUUAUUUUUGUAAAAUACAGAAAUGGUUAAGCACAACAACGCUCUACCAAAUGUCCACUUGAGAAAGCACUGGGGUAAAUUUGUCAGAACCUGGUUUGACCAACCAGCUAAAAAGGCUAAGAGAUAUUCUAACAGAAAGGCUAAGGCUGAAAGAAUUUUCCCAAGACCACUCAAGAAUUUGAGACCAAUCGUUUCCGGACAGACUAAUAAGCAUAAUGGAAAGCUUAGAUAUGGUAAAGGAUUUACUUUAGAAGAACUCAAAAGAGCUGGUCUUACCCCCACUUUCGCUAGAACUGUUGGUAUUUCCACCGACCACAGAAGAGUCAACGCUAAUAAAGAAGCUCUUGAGAGAAAUGUAGCUAGACUUGAAGAAUAUAAAAAGAAACUUAUUUUGUUCCCAUUAAAGGAGGGACAACACAAGAAGGGACAGAUCAAUGAUGCCACUGCUGAGCAGGUUAAAUCCGAAGCCGCUAAAGUUCACAAUACCAGCAGAAACAUCAUCGAUCUUCCAAAGAGCGACAAGAGUGCUGAAUUUGUCACUUUGACUGAGGAAAUGAAGAAACACCGUGCUUUCCAACAAAUUAGACAAGCCCAGAUUAGCCAGAAAUAUGGAAGAAAGAGACAUAAAAAAGCUAUGUAUGCUGAGGCAUGCAGGAAGGCUGAAGCUGAAGGAAAAGAAAAGCCAAAGACCAGGUGGGAAAUGAAAAUGAAGAAGUAAAUAGUUAGAAUUGAUCAUAACC